CUCAUCAGGUCCGGGCUGGGGGCCUCAGCGUUCACACAGUGUGGUUAAUGAUUGAGGGGGGGUGGGGGUGGGGGGGUGUCACUCAUUGACCGCAGGAACUUUUAGACCCACAGACAGAAUUAGGGUGGCGGGACUUCACUGUCACUCCACUGUCACUCCACUGGGACUCUACUGGGUUCGACUCAGAGGAAGUUGAAGGAGACUUUUAAUCUGCUGGAGACAAUCUGAGCGUCUUCCUUUCCUUCUUCUGUCCUUCUGCCACCCAGCUUCACCUGGCCGAUCUCCACCCCUCAUUGGGGGAGGGCUGAGUGCCCCUGGAUACCUGAUCACCUGCGGUCCAAGCCACACUUUUACCUUUGUUUUGCUGUUGUGAAGCAGCUGACCAGCUUCAGGUUUGCACCAGAAGCUCCAGGGUCAGCCACCGUGGUGAAGCUGCAGCGAUGGCUGCUGGAAAGCAGCGGGACAGCCGGGGGACGCCGCCGGAUGGCGGGUGGUGGGUGAUUGUUGGAUGCUGCUUCAUGGUGACGGUGUGCACACGUGCAGUGACCAGGUGUGUCUCCAUCUUCUUCGUGGAGUUCCAGGCUCACUUCGGGGCCGACUACGCCGCCACCGCCUGGAUCCACAGCCUGCUGGACUGCAGCACCAUGCUGUGUGCUCCCGUCGGCAGCCUGGUGGGCCGCUACUCCGGCCGGGCGGCGGUGGUGGCGGGGGGCCUUCUGGCCUCCUGCGGCCUCCUACUCAGCUCCUUCGCCACCAGCCUGGAGAUGCUUUACUUCAGCGCCGGGAUCCUGACAGGUCUGGGCUUCGCCCUGUGCUACACCCCCGCCAUCGCCCUGGUGGGCUGUUACUUCCAGCGGAGGAAGGCGCUGGCGUACGGUGUCGCCAUGUCGGGCAGCGGGAUCGGGACCUUCGUGCUGGCUCCGGUGGUGCAGAUGCUCAUCGAGUUGUACUCGUGGAGGGGGGCACUGCUCGUCCUCAGCGCCUUCGUUGCAAACCUGUGCGUCUGUGGAGCGCUGCUCCGACCAAUAGCACUGCAGGAGGAGCAGUGUGGUGACAUCUCACAGCAGGACGUGGAGAAACCUCCCAAAGACUCUGUGGACCUCCUAGCUCCGCCUCCUCCACCUGAAAGCUCCGCCCCCAGGCUGAGGAGGAUGUGGCGCCUCCUGUCCUGUGGGGAGUACCGCUUCCUGCUGCUGCCUGACUUUCUGGGUCUGGCCGUGUCCUUCCUGUUUCUGGCCAGCGGCUGCAGCCUCCCCUUCGUUUACCUGGUGCCCUACGCCCUGAGUGCCGGCAUCAGCCACCAGCACGCCGCCUUCCUCAUGUCCAUCCUGGGGGUCAUCGACAUCGUGGGGAACAUCACCUUCGGUUGGCUGACGGACAGAAGGUGUUUGAAGCCGCACCGCCUGGCCUGUUACGUCUUCUCGGUGGGGAUGGAGGGUCUCUGCUGCCUCUUCACGCCAUUACUUUGUUCGUUCCCGCUCCUCGUGCCCUUUGCCAUGCUCUACGGCUACUUCGACGGCGCCUACGUGGCUCUGAUCCCAGUGGUGACGUCUGAUGUGGUCGGAACUACGUAUCUGUCCUCAGCUCUGGGCGUUGUCUACUUCCUCCACGCCAUACCUUACCUGGUCAGCCCGCCCAUUGGAGGCUGGCUGGUUGAUGUUACAGGAAGUUACACAGCCACUUUCCUCCUCAGCGGCGCCGCUCUGCUGGCCAGCGCGGUCAUUCUUUCCGCCGUCACUGGAAUUCGCCAUUGCCGCCAUCGAUCAGAUUCGGUGCUGCUGCAAUCUUCUGAAAACUGUCAUCAGGGAACCCGAGCCCCUCCACCUCAGCCUGUCUGACCAAUCAGGUGGUUUCGUCACCUUCAACAGGAAGGUGUUACCUCACAGCCCUCAGGCUGCGUUCGCUCUGCAGGUCUUGAUGCUCAGUUCAGAUUUUUUGAUCAAAUCUGAUUGUUUUGUCUGCUCGUUCACACUACAAAUAAA